CGCCUUGUCUUCUUCACUGUCCAGACCAGCGCGUCUGUGUGUCGUCUGCCCGGCCAGCAACAGUUCUUUUUCUCCUCCUCCUCCUGCUCCUCGUCGUCCUCUUUGCCCUUCGCAGUCGUCGUCGUUGUCUUCUUCACACCGCAAGCACGACUCUCUUCUUCAUCUCCUCUUUCUUCCCAUCCUCCUCCUCCCCGGUCACUCAAUUGGCCUGCCGUCCUUUUAUUUUUUUUUCCUUUUUCCCUUUCUAUUCCGCAUUGCACCUCGCCAGCGCUGGGCUCGCGCCUGUCCGUGACUGCAGCACAAAAACGACUCCUACAUCGUUGUCCACAUCGUCAAGCUUUGCCUAGCGUCGCCUGAUUCCCUCGACUCCUCAAGAGCUGGUCAAGUCCUAUCUGUUGUUGCACGAGCUUUCUCAGUCCACUGUAGAAUCGCUGCCAGUCUGCACACCCGACACUUGUUUUGCGCACCGGCAUUCGUCGAUUGAAACAAGUCCAGGGUCGAGGCAAGGAAGCUCUGUUAUUCUCCGGGUCCCCGUCUGGCUGACUCUCCUUUCCGCGUACACGUCUCCCCCAACACAGCAUACAUUGUCGCACGGCGGCCAUCGACACGUCUAGUUCCUUCACACGCCUAGCAAAUUCUACAGAGCUGUAUACGCCGCCUUUGAACUUCCCUCUCAGCAGCCACCAGCUUCCUGUCUUGCUUUUUGCGGGGAACAGCGGUCCAGCAGGGUCCUGGCUUGUAUGCAGAACGUGUCGCACAUUGGCAAAGCUUUCCGUCCACACAGUCACGUUCACGCGCAGCCGCAUAUACGCACCCUCACCACCUCGUCUGGGUCAUCCGCUGUCAGCCAAUUUGAUAAGAGUCCUUCUGUUGAAGCAUACAGACAGUGACACUGCCUUUGAUGUCUCCCUGAGCAUCUUCGGCGCAUCGCUCGUUUGGAUACGCCCUAAGAUUUGACUACCGGAACCAGGCAUCCUUGCACCAGGCUCCUGGCACUGAUACACAAGGGUUCCCCCUUUGAGGCUACUAUGAUUGGGUGCAUUUCGCCAUAAAACUACCAGGCUGUGGAGUCUCUUGCUUUUUUGUCCUGGCUUCGGGAUCAGAAGUGAGCCACAGCGUUCUGCAGUGUGAUCCCUGCGCGCGGUUUAUUACUUGAAGACAAAGCAUGGCCACCAAGGACUACUUCAGCGACCUGGAGGGCUUUGGCUCUGGUCCCGCAUUGCCUUCCUUCUCAGAUUCUGGCUUUUCCACGCCGCGAUUGACAAUGUCACGAAAAUCUUCACGGCCGACGACCACGACGCGGCCAGGUGGGUCGUCCUCGCCACCUCCCCUGCCUUCGACAUCGACAUCACCCGUGCCAGCUUCAUCGCCAAACGGGCAUACGGACCACGAGGACCACGAUGACAGGCGUGAAGAUGACAUUCUUACGGACCCCCGUCGCUUCACACCCACCUUACAUGCCUCGCUCGUUUCUGAGAUUCUAAAGGUUCGCGGCGAGCUGGACUCGAAACACAAAUUCAUUGAGGACCUGGAAGCUCAGCUCAAGCUUGCGCGGGACGAAAAGGACGAGUUGAGGGAGCAGAUGAGCCGUACCGAGAAGGACUCGAGAGCAAUGAAACGACAGUUCCAGCAGCUUGAGCACGGCACUCUCGCCGCCCUCGAGGAGCUCGCCAAGGACAGGGAUAGCGCCAAAGCCUCGGGCGCUGACGCAAAGGCAAAGCUCGAAGCAGCACAGAAGAAGAUCAAGUCCCUCGAAGACGAUGCGGAGCGACGACACGCUGUCUGGGAGAAGGAAAGACUUGCCUGGGAAGCCGAGAAGCGCGGCUUCGAACGCAGGGUCCACAUUACCGAGACACGCCUGAAGACCGUGCUUGAGGAGCUAGCCGCGCAUCACGACGCCGCGUCGCGGAUGCAUGAAAAUGGAGUCGGACACGAUGACGAGGAUAACACCAGGGACAGCGGUGUGGGCGACGAGAGCGACACGGCGAGUAUCCAAGCCUCGCCAAGCCGCAACGGCACCCACGGGCGUUCUAUGAGCGCAAGCAGCCGCCGCAGUCUAAACCGGUACCGGUUUUCCACACAGAGCAUCGCAGGCCACGACAGCAUGAGAUUUAACGGGGUUAGCCUUGCCGACGAGCUGCAGCUGGACGAAGAGGACGAGGAGUUUGACGAGCAUGACGAGUAUCACGAUGAGGACGCGAAGACGCGAAGGCCGAUUGAGUCGCGCCUGUCUCAACACCAUGACGAGAGGCCGGCCGGGAAACGCGGCUUUGGCAUCGUCAAUGACUCACGACGCACCUUGGAAAGCCCUGUUUCUUUCGAUUGGCGUAAGUCAAUCGAACAGCCGGCCAUCACGGACCAAAAACCAGCGUCCAGAUCGGAGACGCGUCCGCCGUACGUGGAUAGCGGUGUCCAGUAUUCCCCGCCCGCCUCACCAGUGGUCGUGCCAACCCACAAAGAUGCGGACAGCAAGGUGCCUGAGGUGAUACCGCAGCUGAAUGACGACCAGAUCGAGGCCAAUCAGCGCAAGAAGCGGGUUGCACCGAAUACGACGCCGUUCGUGGACCGCGGACAGCAGAUGUCACCAGUACCGGAGAAGGAACCUACCAUUAUGGUCAGCACUAGUUCGCAGACCAUGGAGGACCGCCCGCUCAGUCCGCCCGCCACGCCAAAGAUAACUCCGCCAGACUCACCUGCCGAAUCGAAAGCUGUGCCCCUUGGCCAGCAGGGGCAACGGCUGGAGCGACCGGAGAUGCUCUCCAUCUCGACACAGACAGACCCUGUGGAAGAGCCCAAGGUUCCGGCGGCUGUCGUUGCUUCGUUCGUCCACGUUCCUCCGCCUCCAGUCCCAAUGCCCAUUCCUUCCAUUGCCAUCCACCCUCCCACAUCUAGGUCACCGAGCCCGACGAACGAGAGAGAGACGGUACUCCCCCCCGGGACGAAGAACGCGAGUUCUCAGACGACAAACAGCCUGUACAGGAUGACGUCGACUGCAGUUCAAACGGAGGAGAUCCUCACGCAGAAACGAUUGCAGAGGCUUCCUGCACAUCUGCUUCCCUCGUUCAUCUCAUCAAAUCCCCCAACGCCGGAGCAGACCCGAAAAACGCAGCAGCGAAGCGUCAGCGACAAGGGCCCCUCUACGACGUCGGAUAGAAUGUCGCCACCGCCACGUGGUGCGUCCCCGAGCAUAGAGCAGCGCUAUCCAGGCAACAAUGACAACGGGCCCCUUUACAGUGGUGACAAGGACGCUCCACGACGGCCCUUCCGAAACAGCAGUCUUUUUGCUGGCUUUGGCGAGGACGAGGACGACAUCGAACAGAACGAUGAGGAGUCGAAGUCGGGUUCGUACCAGACUCCCGCAAUGACCAACCGCAUCAUGAAAGGCCUACGCCACUUUGGUGGUUCGCGGCCGUCGCCUGUUCCAGAGGAUAAGGAGGUCGAGACUAACCCACGUGAUUCAUACGCUGAGUCGAUCACUUCUGCAAGCGCUGCUCGGCCAUCUCUGGAGAACAGGACCUCGUUUGAUGGCAAGGGCAAAAUGCCCAUGCGUGGCGGCAACAUGAGCCGGCAAAGCAACAGCAUUCGCCGUUCGGCGAUGAUUCAGUCUGGUGCGAAUGCGCACCGCUCGCGCACCCCAAGUGUCACCAGUGUUGGUUCCAGCUUCUUCAGCAGCAAAUCCGUCGGUCCGCCUUUUCCCGUACCGGACAGAGCAAGCUCACGCAAGAUGUUUCCACUCUCCAAGAGCGAAGGAUCGCAAAGCCCUACACCUAGAGGGGCUGGCUUAUUUGGCAACCGCCGCGGGGCAACCGGUGGACGAGGCGACUUCCGCGGCCACGAGAGGAAGGACAGCCUCCGGAAGGUUCGCUCGGCAACCGUCAUUCAAAGGACGAAUUCGGGUCGCCGCGUCCGCAGCAGGUCACCGCCCUUGCCAGCAGCACCAUCUUCGUUCCCACCACUGCCGCAGGACAAUGUGGAGGCACCCGCGAAAGUCUAUGCGUCGCAGAGGCAGAGAUCGAACGAGAAGUCGCUCAGCAAGGAUCUUUCUAGCGUUGUUGGCCAUCAUGAGCAGGAGCAACCAUCGCAGGGCACCGUCAUCGAUGCAAUCGCAGCAGCCAUGGUGGGUGAAUGGAUGUGGAAGUAUGUGCGCAGACGCAAGUCGUUCGGUGUCGGCGAGGCGCCGCAGGACGCCAUUGGACGACCAGGCACCGAUGGCUCGGUCAACGUCACUGGCAAUGGCGUGAGACACAAGCGCUGGGUGUGGCUUUCUCCGUAUGAGCGCGCUGUCAUGUGGAGUACUAAACAACCAGCUUCGAACUCCGCUUUGAUGGGCAAGAGCGGCAGAAAGUUGGUGAUUCAAUCCGUGUUGGAUGUCCGCGAUGACACCCCUUUGCCUAAGAAUCACGGCAUCGCCGAACCGUUCUACCGUUCCAUCCUCAUCCUCACACCAGCGAGGGCGCUCAAGUUCACAGCCAUGUCGCGAGAUCGGCAUUAUACUUGGCUCACGGCACUGUCUUUCCUAGCUCAUUCGCCCCUCUUGACGCCCGGCAUGGCUUUGCAGCCGCCCGAGGAGCCUGAUCCGGAGGUUGACAGCGGGAGAGCACCCAGUCUCCGUCGCACACGUAUCCACGACUCCGUCCGCAUCGCGAAAGACAAGGCUAGACCACAACCCGGAUCCCGCCUGAAUGGCGUCAACCGUGCCUCCCCCACAAUCCAUGAGUGGGGUGGUGCCGCUCCCGCACCCUCUGUACCCGGCAACGGCUCUAUGGACAGUGACCCUGUCCCCGACGCUGCGGAGGCGCCCACCGUACCUCGUUUCGCCCACGGUCGAAAGCGUAGUGCGACAGGACCACGACUCCCGUCGUCCAUUCGGCCACCGUAUCGAGAUGUGGUUUCGCCUUCACUUCCUUCUGCAACCAGCUCAGAUUUUGUAAUCAACUCGGGUGGUGUGCCAUCCGGUCGCUCUUCCGAGGUGUCGAGCGGCAACCGCUUCAAUUUCUUCGACGACCCAGGCACGGUCCGCAUGCAAGCCUUUGUUGAUGGCGCCGCGUCCAGCGAGGGUGGUGGACGUAGCAGUCAAGAUUCAUCCGUCUUCCUCGGAGGCAAUAGGCGUCGCAACCCUCGGUGGAGCGGCGCGAGCAGCGCGGAUCCCCGACGCAGCGGCAUGGUAUACAGUGAUGACUUUGAUGCGUUUGAUCCUUUUAAGGGCUUCUGAAGAAGAGCCGAAAGGACAAUAACGGCUUGGAAAUGUUUUUUUCGCAAAAGUGAUCAAUAUCUUUCACGGCACUGCUCGGAAAGAGAAAAAAAGAACGUGCUUGAUCUUCGAUCUCACCUGCGCUGGCUCCGAAGGCCUCGCUAUCCCUUGCAGCUAGGGAUGUUUUUGGGUGAGGAUGAACUCGGUUUUAGGAUUUUGUUUUACUUCGCUUUUUUCCAUUUGGGCGCUUGUUUUAUAUCCCCAUAUCGUAAAAUUUGUGCUUUAUUGGCUUGUUCGUCGACACUCGCCUGGUCAGGCGCCAUUUUUUUCCUAUGUGCUAUUGGGAAACGGGGCGUAGAACUGGCUGGGCUGGCUAGUCAGCUGGCGACGGGCGGCGUGUGUAAGAAUCCGCGGAUACAUCAUCAUAUGUGUAUAUGUAUAUAUCUAUAUCUAUACUCGGAAAGGGCGAAUCAGCGGUAGGAAUUUGCUGGGGUAGGGAUGGGUUCUGGUGGGCUGGUGAAACUCUACAGAACGGUUACAACUUCGCGCGCAAGUGCGGUCGACAGUCCUCUUAAUACUGCUACUGGUACUACGCUGUCACUUAACACUCCCACAGGAAGAUGGGAGGAUCAAAUUAAUAUGUAUUCUGAACAAGAGAUGAAGAGUGCUUCGUUUCAAGGCCUUGUAAGUGACGUAACUGAAGUGCAGCUCUAA